AUGGAAGCUUUCAAAGAUCUCAAAUUAUGCAUUUUGGGUUGUGGUAACCUGGGAAUUCCUAUUCUCAAGUCACUUCUGGAUAGCGCAGAAUCCAAAGACAACGCCCUUCCCAUCACUCAAUUCAUCGCAUGCGUUCGAAGUGAAAAGUCUGAAGAGGCCUUAAAGGCACGCUUCUCCAGCGCAGGAGACCAGCUCGUUGUUUCGAGAGGCGAUAACAUUGCUGCCCUACAAAGAUCGGAUGUCGUGGUACUGGGAGUAGAUCCCGCCGAUGUCGAAGAAGUUCUGUCCAAGCCGGGUACGAAAGAAGCUUUGAAAGACAAGCUUUUGAUCAGUGUGGCCGCAGGCUGGACCAGAGGCAAGCUGGAGGCUACGAUCUAUGGGAGCGAGACAACGUCCGAGAACACAGAGGGCCGGGCCUGGGUUAUUAGGACACUCCCCAACAUUGCAGCCAUGGUCUCGCAGUCACUCACUGCAAUCGAGAUCUCCGAGCCAGCAGUCCCGGCCAAGUACACGGAGCUUACCGAGGCCAUCUUCAACAAGAUUGGCAAGACGGUCAAAAUUGCGCCGAAACUGAUGAACGCCACGACUGCCGUUGGUGGCUCAACUCCAGCAUUCUUCGCGGUCAUCGCAGACGCGCUCAUUGACGCUUCUAUUGCUGUUGGUGUUCCUAGAGAUCUUGCACAGACUAUGAUCUUCCAGUCUAUGCUGGGAAGUGCGACGCUCAUGCAGAACGGUCUGCAACGGGGCAGCCUGAGAGAUCAAGGGACAUCACCGGAGGGAUGCACGAUUGGAGGACUAAUGGUUUUGGAGGAAGGAGCUGUAAGAGGGCAUCUUGGAAAGGCUUUGAGAGAGGCCGUGACAGUUGCUCGUCUCAUGGGCAGCGAUCCUCACCCGAAUGAUACCAGGCAUUACUUUGGAAAUUGGAUUACAAUGCAAGUCUUGCAUCUCCAGACAUCACGAUCCGCCACUGAGAAUUGCAUUUGGCACCACAUAAUAACUUCAAUGCUUUCAUAUCGUCUAUUGCCGUAUCAAUUGCUAUGUGUAUGCUGA